AUGGCUCCUCAACUAGAGAGAGCGCUCCAGCUCAUCGACGAAGCUCACGCCGAAGAUGCCAAGAAGGUCACGAUUGAGGGACAAGAAGUGCCGUACGAGCUACACUAUGCCCGCCAGAUGACCUGGUACCUCGAGCGACGCGCCCCCGAUGCCUCGGAAGCCCUCAAGAUUGCCAUUCGCGCUCAGCACUUCCGCCGCUGGGAGGUGCCCCGCGACUCGUAUCCCAUGACGCGCAUUGGCUACCACAGUUGGAGAACUUUCCUCAAGAAAAGACAGGCACAACUCGUCAAGCCCAUCAUGGAAGACUGCGGAUACAGCGCCGAGGAUACGCAAAAGACCAUGGCCAUGAUCGAGAAGCAAGGUCUGCGCGAAGGCGAUCCCGAGACUCAAGUCCUAGAGGACAUUGCUUGCCUUGUCUUCCUCGACGAUCAAUUCGAGGCCUUUGAGAAGACUCUGGAUGAAGACAAGAUCAUCAAGAUCUUGCAAAAGACUUGGGUCAAGAUGAGCCCCGAGGGUCACAAAAUGGCUCUUGACCUUCACAUGUCGCAGAGAUGUCAAGAGUUGGUUGGAAAGGCUCUUAGUGGCUGA